GGGGCCACGUGACAAAUGCUGAGCUGGACCAAAAAUUCACAGUUACGAAUUCUGAAAGCUUUUUAUGUGCUACCUGCCUUUCUAUAGCACAGAAUUGAAGUUGGAGAGAAAAAUGGAGUCUCCAUUCAAGGGCGAUGCAGUGAAAGGAAAGGUAGCUCUGUUGACUGGUGGCGGGUCGGGUAUCGGGCUUGAGAUCGCGACCCAGUUCGGCAAACAUGGAGCCUCUGUUGCUAUCAUGGGCCGCCGCAAAAACGUUAUCGACGGCGCCGUUUCCGCCCUCCGAUCCCUCGGCAUCACCGCAGUAGGGUUUGCAGGGGACGUUAGGAAGCAAGAAGAUGCGCGAAGAGCUGUGGAAGAGACGGUGAGGCAUUUCGGGAAGCUGGACAUUCUUGUGAAUGCUGCUGCUGGAAAUUUUCUGGUCUCGGCUGAGGAUCUCUCGCCUAAUGGUUUUAAAACAGUGAUGGAUAUUGAUUCUGUUGGCACAUUUACAAUGUGUCAUGAAGCUUUUCCCUACAUCAAGAAAGGUGGAGCAGGAAGAGGCUCUUCUGGUGGGCUUAUAAUUAACAUCAGUGUAACAUUUCAUUACACAGCAUCUUGGUAUCAGGUUCAUGCAUCUGCUGCCAAGGCAGCCGUGGAUGCCGUCACGAGAAGCUUAGCCUUGGAAUGGGGUGCAGAGCAUGAUAUAAGAGUAAAUGGGAUUGCUCCAGGUCCCAUUGCAGAUACAACUGGCUUAUCUAAACUUGUGCCUCAAGCUAUAGAUGCCAAAGUCAUGCCUCUCUACAAAGUUGGCACAAAGUGGGAUAUUGCCAUGGCUGCUCUCUUUCUUGCCUCGGAUACUGGCAAGUACAUCAAUGGAAGCAUCAUUCCGGUGGAUGGAGGACUUUGGCUGAGCAAGCCUCGCUAUCUAUCCAAAGAAGCCGUUAAGAUGCUAUCUCCAACUCUUGAGAAAGAAUCGCGUCAAACAGCUGUUGGAGCGUCAACCAGUAAACUGUAGCGUAAGCUGAGCCUUCAAUAAUAAUGCCGAAUCUCUCCAAGCUUCGAAUUGAAACACUGUUACAAAAUUGAUAUUAUUAUGGAGUUUAUGAUAUCAGGUUUUAGAAUACAAAACUGGGAGCUUAGCUUGAGGCCUUUUUCUUUUUGAGAUGCAUAUUGGAUCAUUAAUUACUUGAUAUCUUGACUAAGAUGCAUGACAGUUUCUGAAAGGUUUAACUUAUUGUCUUA